AUGAAUUAUGCAUCCGCUCACAACAUCCAACGAUUUGAAGUUACAUACUUGCUAGAAAACAACAUCGAAAUUCCUCUUUCUCUGUUUCGUUCCACGUCUCUUAAACAUCUUAGUUUGGAAGGAAAAAAAUAUAGUUCAUAUCGAUCAAUAUUCGGUAUAAAAGUACUUAGAGCCACGUCAACUUUGGAGCUCCCUGCUUUAACAACAUUGUGUCUCCGUAAUGCCACUUUCUGUAGUGAUGACAACUGCGUUGGCCUUUUAUCCAAGUGUCCAAACUUGAAGAAUCUCACCUUAGAAAGCUGUCAAACAGAGGGAUUGAGUAAUUUCAGUAUUUCUCAUCCUGGACUAUCUGAUCUCACUCUUGAUGGCGGACUCAAAAAUGUAAAGGUUGUUAAUGUGGUUGCGCCUCAACUAGAAAAUCUCAUUAUCAGAUGCGGAUAUAGUAUUUGGAAGCAUGUGAUUUCUGCACCUGCCCUUACCUCUUUGGAUUAUAAAGGUUACCAUCCCUUGCACCUUUCGACUGAAUGCGGUUUCCCUUCUUUGAAGGAGGUUAAUAUUUGCUAUUCAGAUCCAUUUGUGGCCCAUACAAAGAAGUGUGAAGAUGCUCAUGAGAUUGUGCAACAGCUACGUAGUGUCGAAUUUCUUAAGCUUAACUUGGAAUUUAUGGAGCUUCUUUUUUCAUCCGAGGAACUAAUCUCCCGUCAACCUUCUCCACUAGUUAACUUAAAGAAUUUAACUAUCUAUCCAUUAGACCUUUAUGAGAGGGGCCUUCCAAAACCAUCGAAAGUCAAUUCUACUGAAGUAAAAAACUAUGUGUUGGACAGUUCACCAGGGGCCACCUUCAAAAUGACUUCCCGUGAGGUAUGUAGACUAGUACCUUCCAUAGCACUUAUUGCUCUAGGUUGUAAAGUCAAUUACGGCAAACAUUAA